AUGAAGAUUCCGUAUACUAUACCAAGGAACACGUUCGAAGCAUACAGAUGUUCGUACGAUACGACGCGGUUAACGUGCGAGGUCGAACGAACAAUUCGACCGGAAGAUGUUUCCUGGGACGAGUGGAAAGUGCCAAGCUUAAAGACCCUCGCCCUUCGUGUGAUAGCCUCAGCCUGGAAGCAAAACCCGAUACUGGAGGAAUUACCAACCUGUGAGGAUAGAAAUAUGCUGAUAGAAAUUCUAUCUACCGAUCUACCAUUUGAACUGACCAUAAAGAAGAUUGAGGAUGACUACUAUUGGGAACGUUGCUCGAAAGCCAGAUGGGAGCACAACGCUCCCGCCGAACACGGCAAUUCUUGGCGGCGACGCUACUGUGAGGGCGUAUUGCGUGAAUAUUUGGAGAAUCUCGAGCCAACUUUCUUCGAAUCGCAGAGGGAAGCAUGUGAAAAAAUGGUAGAACUCGUAUUGGACCAUGUGCACACUAUAGAACUGCGUUACCUACUACCUACAAAGAAGCAGAGGAUAUCCUUGGACGAGGAGGAUCCGUGUCUAAUGGCGGAGGAAGACGUCCAUCACAUCCCCUUGGAGCUUAUUCUGCCUCGGUUUCCUAAUCUCACUGAGAUUUGCAUUAAUUUCGGGCUGAUUUACAUGAACGACGGCUUCGAGUGGCGAGACUUCGAGAUUUCCAUUGAAGAUUGCGCUGGUCUUGGACGAGGGAUUAAGGCUUGCCCGAAAUUGAAGAAGUUAACUUUGACUAGGAGCAAUCUGGACCAACCGCGUGCCGCGGCUCUUCUUCAGGGAGUUGUUGAGAACGAUAAUUUAGAGGAGAUAGAUUUUUCACACUGCAAACUACAGGACAAAGGAGCCCACGCAAUCGGUGAAUUUCUAUCGUUACAUAAAAACUUGAAAACCUUGCACGUGGCGAAUAACGACAUAGGACCAGAAGGAGUGUGCGGCAUAACCUACGGACUACUGAAGAAGGAGGACUCGAUAUUGAAACAUCUUAAUCUAAGGCUGAACUCUUUGUUGGAUGCUGGCGCGUUUCACGUAUGCGCCUAUCUGCUAAGAAGCGAAAGUUUAGAAGUUCUUGACGUGAGUGCUUGCGGAAUAGAAGCUGCAGGAGGCUCUGCAAUAGCCGAGGUGCUUGGUUCUGGUAGCAUGAAAACUGAAAGCUUGGACUUGGAUGUGUCGAGCAACAAUUUUGGCGAAAAUGUUGGAGAGUCAUUCGAUACGGCAAUGAAGAACGCGCCGUUCGUAGUCGGUUUUUACGCUCGAAUGUGCAAUUUCUCUUUACAAGCGGAAUAUUCUAUCCAUGAGAGCGUGGUCAGGAAUAAACAACAGAGAAAAAAGGAUAAAGUGAAACAGAUGCUCGAAUAA